ACAGGAAGUUGACUCAUUUGUUUGCUAGCACAAAACCCAUACGGAGGUUUCUUUCAGCACGAAUAUAAACAUGAAGGCAGGGGGAAAACACUUUGACCGGCCUGACUGAAGACAUGAGACAACCUUUGCUCCUUAUCAGUCUGUCGCUGGCAGUCCUCCUCUCUGCCAAUGUGCUGGCUCAGGACCCAGUAGAGAUCCGGUUCGAGACGGACCCGGUUCUGGUUCAAACUGGAACAGAGGUGGUGUUCACGGUGCUGACGGUGUCCCAGGUGUUUUUCAUGACAUGGCAGUACCAAGGAGGAGUCACCGUGGGCCAGUGGGCUGGAGGAGCCCCGUCCGUCAACCCGGGGACCCAGUUCGAGGGCCGGGUCACCAUCACCGCCACCCAGCUCCGAAUCGGAGGCGCCCAGCUCCGGGAUGCGGGGAACUUCACGGUGGAGGUGACCCCUGACGCUACAACAGGCCUGACCACUAACUCCAGAUCGAUACAGCUGAGGGUGUUCGGUAAGAGAUAAAGGAGUGUGCCUGUGAGUUCACUUAAGAUAGAAGAAGGGAAGGAGGAGGAGGAGGAGGGAGGGGUGGUGAAGUGUGCGGUAGAGGAUGGUUUUGAGGGAAGCAAUAAUGUUAAGGAGGAACAGAAGGGAGUAAAGAGAGAAGAGGGAGGAUUUGGGGAGUAAGAGAAUUAGUCUGGGAGGUAUAAUGAAAUUAGUGACCCAUAGUAGGCGAGGUAAAAUUAAUGAAAAAGGAGGAGGGGAUGAAGCUAGUGGCUCAGGGCUUUAUGCUAAUAAAACCCAUUUGAUAUGCAGCGCUCAUGUUCUUAGAUGUUUGAUAUUGUAGCUGUCUAAAUGUAGCGUUACAUUAACAUACAGUGCAUGCGGUAUUUGCAUGAAUUUACAUGCAGCACUGUAAUGAAACCUGAACAGCUGAGUGUCUCUUUUUAUUUCCAGUCAUCAGCCCACACUCGAGGCAUGACGUUACUCAUUCCUCUCACUGGCAGCGCUAAAAGGGAGCCAGGGUGACCAAAUUGUCAGAAGCACUAGUCUAUUAUUGUUGAAAGGUCACAUACUCCAAAAAACUCACAGCAGCUAGUUCAUGUCACUGAACAUCCGCGUCCUUGAGCACGACUCUCAGCUUCAUCACUUAGUCACUCGUAACUCUGGAAAUGAGUAAAAAGCUCAAAAUCCGAAAAAUAUGAAAUGCUUCCGCUGAGUCACAGGCUAGCAGAAAGCCCUGCAAAAAUGCGAGUGAUUAGAGGCGUUUGGUAGCUGCUGGAA